CUCUCAGUCUCAGUCUCAGUCUCCCUCUCCAGCUCACUCGCUCCCCACACCACCGUACUACCAGCUCACCUCCACUCCACCGCACGCCGAGCAGAUGCCGGCCACCGUGGUGGACGCGGCCGCCAAGGGCAUCAGGCUGGAGAGACACGGGGGCGCCGCGGUGCUGCUUCGGCGCGCGGCGGGCGCCAGGCAGCUCGUGUCGGCGUCCUCCCAGCUGCUCUUCCGCGCCACCGUCCUCGCCACGCUCGCUCUCGUCGUCCUCUUCACCGUGCACUACCCGUCCCUGCUCUCCCACUCCUUCCGCCUCUCCGCUCCUUCCGCGUCGGCGUCGCCGAAGGGGUCGUCGUCGCGGUCCUCGCACCGGAGCCUGCUGGGGUCCGCGGCGUCGUACAGGGGCGCCGCGUGGGAGCGGGAGGUGCGGCGCAGCGCCACGCCGCGGCGGGAUGGGGUCAUGUCGGUGCUGGUCACGGGCGCCGCGGGAUUCGUGGGGGCGCACUGCUCGCUGGCGCUGCGUGCGCGCGGGGACGGCGUGCUCGGGCUGGACAACUUCAACUCGUACUACGACCCCUCGCUGAAGCGCGCGCGGCAGCGGCUGCUCGCGUCGCGCGGGGUGGUGGUGCUCGACGCCGACAUCAACGACGCCUCGCUGCUGGAGCGGCUCUUCGCCGCGGUGCCGUUCACGCACGUGCUGCACCUCGCCGCACAGGCCGGCGUCCGGUACGCGAUGCGCGCGCCGCAGACGUACGUCGCGUCCAACGUGGCCGGCCUGGUCAGCCUCUUCGAGGUCGCGGCCAAGCACGCCGACCCGCAGCCGGCGAUCGUGUGGGCGUCGUCCUCGUCCGUGUACGGCCUCAACACCGACGCGCCAUUCUCCGAGGAGCACCGCACGGACCGGCCCGCGUCGCUGUACGCGGCGACCAAGAAGGCCGGCGAGGCCAUCGCGCACGCGUACAACCACAUCUACGGCCUCUCCAUCACCAGCCUCCGGUUCUUCACCGUCUACGGGCCGUGGGGCCGCCCCGACAUGGCCUACUUCUUCUUCGCCCGCAGCAUCGUCGACGGCGAGCCCAUCACGCUCUUCCGCGCCGCCGACGGCACCGACGCCCGCCGCGACUUCACCUACAUCGACGACGUCGUCAAGGGCUGCCUCGGCGCGCUCGACACGGCCGGCAAGAGCACCGGCUCCAAGUCGGGCAAGAAGCGCGGGCCCGCGCCCCUCCGCGUGUACAACCUCGGGAACACCUCGCCGGUGCCCGUCACCCGCAUGGUCUCCAUCCUCGAGAAGCUCCUCGGCAAGAAGGCGCACAAGCGCGUCGUCACAAUGCCGAGCAACGGCGACGUGCCGUUCACGCACGCCAACGUCAGCCACGCCGCUCGCGACUUCGGCUACCGCCCCGCCACCUCGCUCGAGGCCGGCCUCCGGCAUUUCGUCGACUGGUUCGUGCAGUACUACAAGCUGGACACCAAAGGCGUCACCAUCCCCGCCGGCAAGCACACCAAGAGGAAAUCCAUGGCCAUGUCCGCAGCAUCGUGAGGAGCCAAGCCGCGUGUCCCCCGGCCCAGCCGUCCACCAAGUGUGUAUUCUCAUGUCCCUGGAGGCUAGCUAGCAUUGUUUUGUAACUUUGUAAGUGCUUAUUGUUUAAGCCUUACAGCUUUGUUUCUUCAUGAUGCUGCCAUGCUAGUGCUUAGCGGCAAGGGAAAGGAUCCAUGGCUAAAUUAAGCUUAAGAAAAAGUAGAAAAAAAGAUGGGGGUAUAGAUAGAUAACAGAGCAAAGCAAAGGAGCCAUGGCUGAACAAGGAUGAGGUCAUCGGCUCCCUACUAGUAUCUAAUUCUUUUUUCAUUGUCACCUGUGAAACAUGUCAAGAACUCAAGAUGCUGUGCCUGAUGUCAAUCCAAGCGGUUGCAGGCUGCCAAAACAACAUUGUUUAAGUUUUGGCGGUGGACUUGAUGCAACUUCUGCAUUUUCCCAUGGAUAUAUAAACCUGUGCAAUUUUGGGCACUGCACUUGCCCUUU